ACUGAGUUGUGUCCAAUUAGGAAAAGCCAGCCUUGGAGCCUAUAACUAACUAAGACAAUCCUCUAACGACACCGUUUCAUGUCUUCCUCUCUGCACACAUAUAUAUACCGUACGAACCCACCUUCCUUCGUCUCCGUCCUCGUCUUUGCUCUCUGCACUUCAUCCCAUUAACAACGUCACAAAUUCACAAUUCAGCUGGAAAGAAACCUAAUAGUGCGAUCUUCUUCGAUCCGUGCUUACAUAUUCCACCCUUUCCGAUUCAUUCCCAAAUCCUGUUAUUGUAUCCUCCACCGAUUGGCUACAUUGGAUGCACAGUUCAGUUGAUGCAGAAUAUAUUUUGAAGAGUAACUGAUAAGGUUCAGUUUCAUGGAAAGGCUAUUCUUUUGCUGGACAAUGGUUUAUAUACUGAUAUUUCAGUGAUUUAUGAUUUUCCAUUGCAAAUCCAUUCCUCUUUAAUGAUGUGGGCUUUUGCAUCAAAUGCUCUUUCGAACAUUAGAGUGAAAAGAAUCCCAAGUGUGUCAAGUCAUACUUGUGCAGUUUCAGCAGAAUGCUCUGAUGAUGAGUCCUGCUCUAAUGCCAGCAGAGACGAAGGACUAGAAUGCCCCAUAUGCUGGGAAUCCUUCAACAUAGUUGAGAAUGUGCCUUAUGUCUUAUGGUGUGGUCACAGUCUCUGUAAGAACUGUGUACUAGGACUUCAGUGGGCUGUGGUGACGUUUCCUUCUCAACAAAUCAAGAUUCCGUUCUUCAUUUCAUGUCCAUGGUGCCACCUGUUAUCAUUCCGUUUGAUUUAUAAUGGAAAUCUCAAAUUUCCUUGCAAGAAUUACUUCCUUCUUUGGAUGGUUGAGAGCAUGAAUGGUGAUAGGCAAAGGCUCGUUUCCACCUGCAUGGACAGCCAACCAGUUUGGACUCCAAAGAGCUACAUUCUGGAAAACCAAGCUACUAAUUCUAACCUCAUUAGGGCUUCAUUAUGUAAUUACACUGGAAGGCAGGAACCUAACAUUGUUGGUGGUCGGGGCAGACACAGACACCCUUUUUCCCUUAACAAAUCUCUGGAUUUCUUCAUUCACUUCACGUCCAAGUUCCCAUUGGUCAUCACUUUCCUUCUGAUUGCAUUUUUCGCAGUUCCGUGCAGUGCCAUUAUUUUAGUCCUGUACUUGCUUGUCACUAUUCUUUUUGCUAUCCCAUCAUUCCUCGUAUUGUACUUUGCAUGCCCAAUGAUGCACAAGCUAGUAAGAAAUAUAACCUCUUGAAAUGUAGCCUUGCUUCGACAGACGCCCGCAGCAUGUCAAAUCUAACUUCUGCAAAUUUACUCUACCUUUGGAUUGCUUGUUCUUCCUCGUGGUAAUUUCUUUGUUAUUUCUAAGGUUAUAUCAUGUUAUUUUGGUUAUUUUUUUGUAGUCAACUUUAGCCAGAAUCUUGAGAGGAACUUUAUUUUUUGGCAGUUGUAAUUGGGAAAUUUUGUUUUCUCCUUUUAAUUUUGGACAAGGAAUGACUAAAUGUUCUACAAACUACAAAGUGCUAGCGCUGAGACUUCAAGAGUUAAAUGAUCAAGGAUAUGUGAUUGCUUGUACAAAUAAUGUUUCAUGUAGUAUCAUAAGUGCAAGUCUAAUUUGGAAAAAAACAUAUAUAU